AUGCCUCAUUACGGUCACCAUAUUAUCGAUCGUGAAACAGGUCUAUGUGAAAUAUGCGAUCGUUCUGCUAUCUACGAUAUUAAAUUGGGCAAGAAACCACAGUUUUUAUACGGAAAUCAUAACGGGAGAUUUGUUUACAGACCAAACGAGGUUCAAUCAAGACGUCCAGACGAAGAGGGAGAGACAAUCGUUUACAGCACACCUCAACCAAAGAAACGUGUAAUCUAUGUUGAUAAACCAUCACCUCGUCGAACCCAAACACGUCCUGUACCAGCUGAACCACGUUCAGUUGCUGCACAACGGCCGCCCAUCCCUCGAUAUCGUCGUGCACCAACACCUGAACAAUAUUAUUACGUCAAUGAUACUGGUGAAAUUCAAGAAAACGUUGAACCUCCUCCUCGUACAAAACCCCAACAGUACAUCGUUCAACCGCGACCGCGAAUCAUUCGACGCCAACGUCAACCAUCUCCAAAAAUUGUUCAUCGAACGCGACUUCAACCAUCACCUUAUAGUGACAGUGAACUGUUUUAUGAAGAACAGAUACCAUCACCGCCUAAAUACUUAAACAACGAUCAUACGACAACAAAAUAUCGUAAUGGAGAUCGUCAGACACCACCAUCAUAUAAAGAACAAUCGCAUCACAAUGAUGAUGAUGAUGAACAUUCAGAAGUCUAUCGUGUUGUUCGUCAUACGCAACCGAGAAACGGCGAAAAUCACUAUUCAUCACCGCGACUUUUACACCCAAUCGUACCACAACAACUAACUCCCCCCCGUUCUACACCAUCUCCAAGAUAUGUCAAUGGAAAUAACAAUAGAAAACUCCAACCAAUACCUGUAAAUAAUUAUCAACAUGAUGAUGAUAUAAUUCAACCAACUGUUGUGAGAAGGGUCUACAGAAAAUUACCGGAAAAACAAAAAAAUAUUAACAAAAAACACCAGCAAUCGCCGGAAUCAAUUUAUACUCACUCACCACAACAGGUUCAACCACAUCACAUGCAAAAUGGGUAUGAUUAUAGCCGACCGGUGAGAAAAGUUGAAAAAUUACAACCAGUUGAAUAUCAUCAUCAAUCACCAUCACCGCUGCCAGAGAAUAAUAAAUUCAAAAAGCCACCAUUGAGGUUAGCCAAUGAACAAAAAAUUCCAAGCAUAUAUUACAUUCGUGGAACUCAAUAG